UGUUUUGGUAUUUUUGUGCCUUCAUUCGACUCUAAUUGUUGCUUAAAAGUGAAACUAAUUAAUAAGCUUUAUGCUGCUUUUUGAAUGCUUACUGUCGUUGGACUAUUUGUGUUGAAUGUUGCUUUAGACAUUAAUUCAUUCUUAAAUCCAUCGAAAAUAAUGGAUAGUGCACUUGCAGCUACUGUGAUGUUCGGUGGAAGCUUCUUGCUAUUGACACUUGCUUAUCAGCACACAAGAACUGAAAGUAUUCAGCAGAUUUAUAAGUUAUUUAAUCAAAUUGAUGAUAAGGUAAAUUCAACGCAUUAUUCAGAUUUGAAUUUUCUUAAAAUUCUGUCACAUUUUUGUGGAUUUUAAAUGACUCGAAUUAAGCUUAAUUAAUUUUUCUUCCAGCUUGUCUUUUUAAAGCUCACUAUAGACUAUAAAGAACAGAGGAACAAGUCAAUAUACUUCAUUUAUGGAGCACUUUUGAUUAUGCUUUUCAAUAUUAUUUUGAAUCCAUUUUUAUUAAUUAUGCAAGAUCUUGGUACUGAUAUAGUUAUGUCAAUUAAUUAUAAUCUCAUGCACAUCUACUGCAUCCUGUUCGUUUUUCAAUUCGUAUGUCCAGUUAUUGCUAUCCGAGAAAGAUUUAAUUUAAUUUACAAACGAAGAUUUUACAGCAAAUUUGAAGUUAAUUUGAUUCUGGAUGUUUAUGAGAAGCUGUUCCAAUUAAUUGAGUUAAUUAACAACAACUUGACGAUGCCAAUAAUUUAUAUGUUUGGAUUAUUUUUGGGAUUAAUGAUAUUUGAUUUUCAUGACAUUGUUGUGGUUCUGCAUCAUGAAGAUCGAGGAUUUUUCAUGGUAAUGGCUUUUGAUGGUCCCUGGAUGUUCUUGUAUCUUUUAUUGUGGAUUUUUACUAUUCAUUCGUCAGUCAGCGUUUCUUCGAGCUUUGUAAAUUUCAAUUCUAUUGAGUAUCAGAUUUUGAGCGACUUAAAAAGUUUGGAUAAUGAAAGUUUUGACUUAAUUAAAGCAUAUUUGAAGCACAUUCGUGGAUAUAAAAGCACCUUUGAAACAAUCUUCUUUGAUAUUGAUUGGAGACUUUUGUUUGGGUGCAUUUCUGCAACAAUUUCGUUCAUUAUAAUCGUUGUUCAAUUUGACAAAUCAAUGGAAGAACCUUCUAAGAACGUUACUGCUGCUUCUUAAGCUACAAUCAAAAGAUCCAGUCUUGAAAAUUAAUUAUGUGUUAAUAGACAUAAAUAUCGCUUUAAAUUUAUUAAAUCUAUAAGAACUUAACUAUUUUUUAUGAUUAAAUUGCAUUCAGUGCUGUAAAUUGAGGGAAUUUAAGCUUAAAAUGACAAUUUUUUAAACCCAGCAUGGUUUAAAUUUAAGGUUAAUUUUAAGCAUUGAAUUGAGUCAUUUGAAUAGCCUAACAUAACUGAAAGCAUAGAAUAACUACUGUGAAACAUGCUCAAGUUGAUAUCUUACUUUAAAUUCCUGUAUUCAUUGAGAUAUUUUAAUAAUUUAAGAAUUCAUAUGCCGCCAUUUUGUUUUUUCCAUCAUUUGCUAUAAAAUUUCGACUAUAAAAGAAGUCGCAAAACCCCAAAAUUUGCAUUCAUAAUUUUGACUUUAACGAGUUCACAUCGUGCAAAAAACAAAGUUCAAUUUAAAACAAAAUGGCCAAAGGUAAAGGAACAAUUAAAGCUAAGGCCCCAAAAGUGAAGGAAGUAGUUGCUGGAAAGGAAAAAAAGUUGCGUCGUCAUAAACGAAAGGAAUCAUUUGCAAUUUACAUCUUUAAAGUAUUACGACAAGUUCAUCCAGAUACGGGAAUUUCAUCGAAAGCUAUGAGCAUAAUGAACAGCUUUGUCAAUGACUUAUUUGAAAGACUGGCUGGGGAAGCUUCACGUUUGGGGCAACAUAAUCAUCGUGCAACAAUGUCAAGUCGUGAGAUCCAAACAAGCGUUCGUUUAUUAUUGCCAGGAGAAUUAUCUAAACAUGCUGUCUCGGAAGGAACUAAAGCUGUAACAAAAUACACAUCAACAAUGGGCCAUUAAUAUUUUUUUAUUAUUUCUGUAAUACUGCUUUAAACUGAUUAAAUAAACUACAUUCCUUUUCAAGACUUUGAAA